AUGGGCGGCUCGGUCUUCAACAAGCUGCCCAACCCGCUGCACACGCCGCGCAUGCCGGCACAAGUAUACGAGCACGUCCGGAGGACAUGCCACGCACGGCUGCGGGAGCUCUUCGUCGCCGUCGCCUCGCCGAUCGAGGGGCCCGGGAAAACCGACUUCGGCGACGUGGACAUCGCGCUCGCCUGGCCGCGGGCGGAGCUGUUCCCGAGCCAAGACGCGCUGAGGGUGAGGGCCAGGUAUCUCGGCGCUGGCGCCGUCACGCAGAAGCAAGGGAGAGGGGACUGGCUCGGUGCCGCGGCGGCUGCGAUUGGCGCGGAGAGGGUCCAAGGUGUCAACGGGAGCAGGAGCGAGAUCCACGCUGCCGUCCCGUGGCCGGACGAGUUUGCCCAUCUCGUUCCAGACUUGCCCUCUGCCGAAGAUGCUGCUGCUGGCAGCGACGACGAGGAUGAGCGGGACGGCAGCAAGACCCGCGCCGCCCGGCCUACAAGGGCGAACCUGGCGUCGGCGAACAAGCCGCUGCAGCAGCAAACAACGACAACAACACCAAAACCAACAAGGGCAUACAUCCAAGUAGACAUCCACAUCUUCCCGGACAUGCAGGCGCUGCAGUGGAGCCUCUUCAAGCACGCCCACGGCGACCUCUGGGGCAUCCUCGGCUCUACGGUCCGGCCCUACGGCCUGACUGCCGACGAGGCCGGCUUGUACCUCCGGGUCCCAGAGAUUGAGAAGCAUGACCACAAGAAGGCCAAGGUGUGGCUGACCUCUGAGCCUGCCACCGUUCUCGCGUUCCUGGGCAUCCCUGGCAGCGGCGAUGGAGAUUUCGAGAUAUGGUCACGGCAGUUUCAGACAAAGGAGGAGCUCUUCGAAUAUGUGGCUGGCAGCCGCCUUUUCCGAGGCGUGUCAGGUCACACUGUCGUGCCAAACACCGACCUUUCUAUAGAAGACGACACGGGAAGAGUAACAAGAAGUCUGGAUGUGGGCGAAGGAAGUGCACGCGAUGCUCGAUCACCAACCAACGAUGAUGACACAACGCGGGCACCACCACAGACUGGCGCCAGCGAAUACGUCGAGGAGAGCACAAAAUCCCUCCGCUCCCGGGAGAGGCGGCGGAUGAAGUAUAGGCCUCUGUUUGCGGAGUUCAUGGACAGGUACUUCCCUGAGCACCACCACUACUCGCUGCUCUACGAUGACGCCGGCUCGCCUGCACAUUCCUGCGACCAGACCAGGGCUGGCCACCCAAAUUCUUCUCCGGACUCGGAACGAGAACAGGAGUCAAGAGGAGUCUCGGCCACAGGACAAGGCGCAACAGAGAUCAGACCGAGCAGCAGCAGCGGCAGCGGCAGCAGCUGGCCACAUACACGAGAGUCUAUCCGCGAAGAGGCGUUUGCUUGGUUUGGCCCACUCGUGCGGCACACAUAUGACCAACGGCUACGGGCCUGGAUGAUCGAGAGGCAGCGCAUCCGGAUCAAGAAGGAUGUUAUCAAGGCUAUUGUGCCGCCCCCGCUAGCCGCUCAGGCACAGCACACAGCCAAUUCGUCAUCAGUGGCAGCUGCACCAUCCCAACCACCGCUACCACGGGGCGAGGGUACACAGCAAGAUUCCCCUGCCGAUGGAGGGGGACCGGGACAGGCAGCGGCGGCGGCGGAGGCGCAACCAGAGUUCCUAGACCCGUCUUUCCGAGGACAGAUCGUCUCGGCCCUCAGCAAGAUUGUCCUCGAUGCGGACUACAGUCUGGGCAUAGUGCCCGCUGCACCCCUCCGGGACGAACAUACUAGGCUUUAUCAGGAGGACGAGAUCAAAACUUUUGUGACGAACCGAUGGAGGGACGUUGCGCAACUGCUUCAGGGGAAGAACUUCGUCGCUGCUGAACAGCGGAGAAAAGCGGUGGGGAAGGUGAUCUCCUGA